AAGGAGUGUUACAAAGAAUUACAUGAAAGAAAUCAUGUGGAAAUCAUUCCGUUGUUCACGCCUAUUCCAUUUCAUCGGAAUAUUACGAAAGCAAUGAUGUGCAGUGAAAAUCGUUAUUUAUUAAAUUCCGCCAAAGUUACGUGGGAAAGUGUGGGGCAGGCGUAAGCGUGUAAUACAGUCCUAUCAAGAUGUUUAAACCUGUAAUCUAAUACUAUCGUCAUGACCACAAUGAAGAAUCCUAAUUCGUCGUCUUCUAAGCUCGCUCUUCUCAACCACAUAAAGUACGAGCACCUGGUAGCUGGUAUAUCAGGUGGCGUCACAUCUACGUUAAUUCUGCAUCCCUUGGAUCUAAUCAAAAUUCGUUUUGCUGUGAAUGAUGGGAGGACCGCGACGGUGCCGCGGUACGACGGGCUGGGCAGCGCGUUCGUCACCAUCGUGAAGAAGGAGGGCGUGCGGGGCCUAUACCGCGGGGUCACGCCCAACGUGUGGGGCUCCGGCUCGGCGUGGGGCUUUUACUUCCUGUUCUACAACGCGAUCAAGACAUGGAUCCAGGGCGGCAACGCGCGCACGCCGCUCGGCCCCGGGCUGCACAUGCUGGCGGCGGCGCAGGCGGGCGUGCUGUCGCUCGUCAUGACCAACCCCAUCUGGGUGGUGAAGACGCGGCUGUGCCUGCAGUACAGCGAGGAGAUAGCGCUGGCGGAGCACAAGCGGUACAACGGCAUGGUGGACGGACUCAGCAAGAUCUACCGCACCGAGGGCGUCAGGGGGUUGUACAGGGGUUUCAUUCCGGGCAUGUUCGGCGUGUCGCACGGCGCGCUGCAGUUCAUGACCUACGAGGAGAUGAAGAACAGGUACAACCAGUACAGGAACCUGCCCAUUGACAUCAAACUGACGUCGGUCGAGUACCUAACGUUCGCGGCAGUAUCCAAGCUCAUAGCCGCAGGGGCGACCUACCCCUACCAGGUGGUGCGGGCGCGCCUGCAGGACCAGCACCGCACCUACAACGGCGCCUGGCACUGCAUCACCGAGACCUGGAGGCACGAAGGCUGGCGCGGUUUCUACAAGGGACUCAAACCAAACUUGAUUCGUGUGGUGCCUGCGACCAUGGUGACCUUCCUUACGUACGAAAACGUGUCUCAUUUCAUGCUUAAACGGAACAGAGAUAAUAUUAAGCUCCCUUCUUAGAGGACAUCAGUAUGGGCACUUUAAGACAUGCCAAACCAUUUUGACAGUUGUUGACACUUGUUAGUCAGGAACUGUCAAAAAUGUAUAUUGGAUGCGUUGCGUUACAUUGAGUUACGUAAAUAAGAAUCACAGAUAUCACAAUUUUAUAUCACUAUGCGGUUUAGCGUUGUUUUUUUUUUGCUAUUUGUAUAUUUCAACUUGCCCUUGCAAGUAACAUUCAAAGAUAUUGGCCGAAUUUUCUGUAAAAAAUAAAUAUUUUAAUUAGUUUUUUUAAGUUUUGUUUAUGUUAGUUUCUUUUUAUUCUUUAGUUAAUGACAAUGUAGUUUCGAAAUAAGUUUUUUUUUCAAUAAAUACUCUUUGUUUAUCUUCAUGUAAGUAAAUAUUAUAUAAAUUAUAUAGCUAAAUAGGCAAUAGAGGUUAUGCCUCGAAGGUCAGGGUAAUGAAUACAUUUAAAUGCACACAUUUUUGUUGUAAGCAAAACUAAUUCAGAUAACUUACUAUAAACAUUGACUUGUCAUCGUUUAGAUAUUUUUUCCAUAAUGCUGAAGCAUUUCACACAAAAACUCAUAAAUUCUUUUGAUUAUAAUCAUAUUACUGAAUUUUGAAUUUAAAUGACAAUUAGUAGAGGAUACCACUCCGUCUCUCGCUAACUCACGAUCUCACGACAUCACCUGUAAAGUAAAAAUGACAUAUUGUCUACCAAUAGCAGAAUGAGCGAAAAAUAGCGACGAAAGAGAGUGAUAUUUCCACCAGGUUUGGCCACUCAUUUGUCGUUUUGUCUUUAUUAUGUCGUGGGUCGCAUGUUGGACUAUGAUGCGUCUGCGAUAUCUCUCUCUAUGAAGAGAAAUAGUUAUUUAUGCCACUGUCAUGUAAUGGGAGCCAUUGUAGCAUUUACUACUCCUACAUUUUUAGUAAGUACAUUAAAAGAAGUAGCAUUAUUUGCAAUUUUUUAACGUAAACUAAAUUGACAGAUCUAAGGUUAAUGGUAUUCUUUUCGAUCACUGACCUCUUAUUAUAAAAGGACGUAUAAUCAUGUGGAAAAUUUCACUCAAAAACUGGCCAAUUUUGCUUUGACAGUUUUAGAAUUAUUGGUAAAGAAAAUUAUACCUAAAUGCCUUUAAAUAUAGUCCAACAUUUAAUAAAAUCCCAAAUUCAGAGCAAAUUCAACCUUAAGGAUUGGGUUUAAGGUUGAAUUUGCAAAUGCGACUACUUGAAUAGUGUGCCAAGAAGUUCUGUUUGGCACUCAUUGAAUGGGGACGUUUUUUGGUCGCUGAUUGUGCAUCCACUUUUUGAUAGGAGAUCGUUGUUUUCGAUAGAUAAUAGGUAUUAUUUGUAGAUCUGUCAAUUUAGUGUCAGGUGUCUGUACAACCCAUGGAUCUAUAAAGACUAACUGGACUGCGUACUCCCGACGCAAAAACGAGCCAAGCAGGAAGGGUGUAGGAUGCCGGUGUCUUUCUCUAAUAGGGUGACAAUACAUUAUUUUUUUUUAUUUACAUAUAACAUGACAAACGCUAUGACAGUUGAUAAAUAGACAAAGAAAUGCCAGUGGAAAAAACAAUUUUAAUAUUAAUUAUAAAUAAUGUUUUUUUUUUUUAACCAUUAUAAUGUUAACUUAAAUUAAUAAUGUUAUCUUAACACGGGUGUAUUAAGAUUUAUCGAUAAGUUUUUAGUUAAGAAAAAAGAAAUUGAGGUUGACAAUAUGAAAGAACGAAUUUGCCCCAUUAAAUUCCAGAGGAAAAUAGAUUUAAUAUACUUAGUAAUAAAGUUCAAUUACUAUUCACACAUUUUUCCAGUUUGUAUAAUCCUUGGUUAUUGAAUUAGAAAAUUGUUAUUAAAAUUGAAUAGAAACCAUAUAAAGAGACUAAAAACAACACAACGCAACAUGGAAAGAAACUUCUUAAACAUAAAAUUGAUUGAAAGGGUGCCAAAUACCCAUAUUCGACUAAAAAGUAAAGUGAAAGACGUAGGAAAAAUAACAAAGAGGUUGAAAUGGAACUGGGCAGGACACAUAAUAAGAAAAUUAAAUGACGAUUGGAGUAGCAUAACAACAUCGUGGUGCCCAAGGGAGGAAAAAAGAAAAAGAGGCAGACCAAUUAGUAGAUGGAACGACGAUCUGAUUGCCUUUGAAGGGACAUACUGGACCCGAUCAGCAAUGGAAAGGACACAAUGGAAGAGGAAGGGGGAGGCCUUUGCCCAGCAGUGGGAUGAAAUUUAACUGUAAUAAAUAUUAUGUAAUUUUGAUUGUAAAGGCUUAAAUAAAUAAAUAAAUAAUCCUUGGUACAACCGAACUUAGAGCUGUCACAAAUAUCAAAUACCUUUAUACUCGUAUCAUAGUUGUAAUCAAUUAAUAGGUUAUUCAAAUUAUGGCUGUGUUGUAUCUAAUACGAUAUUGUUGCCAGUUGUUUUAUUUUAUGUUCCUGAUUUGAAUGUUGCAAGUUUUUAUUAGUUAGGUUGUUGAUUAGGUACUGAACGUAGUUCAAAUUAAAAAUAGAACAAAUGUAAUUGAUAAGUUUAGCUUGUAUAAUUUCCAAUUUUUGCUUUUUUUUCCGAAUAGUUUAAAAUUGAAAGUGUUGAUGUAUUUUAUGGUAAAGUGAAAAUGCAAAUAUUUGAGGUACCCCCAAUGGUAUGCUUAUUAAUGGUAUAAAACCUACAUGGGUAGUAUUCCUCUGAGCUAAAGUGACAGGUUUUGGACUUGAACGGAUUUGGCAUCAACAUCAAUGGCGAGCACAUCACUGAACUGCCAUUGGCGACGAUGUGAGGUCAUCAUGACAGAGAGUCUAGAUGACUUUAGUACCAUUAGCAAUGACCUCAGCAGAGUUUCUUAAAAGAUGGGACUAAAGAUAACAUAAGACAAAGGUCUUGUCCACAGUUAUUGUGAGAAAGAGGUGAACCAUCAAUUCGGUUGGGCAGAAUUCAGGAAAAUUGGCGACAUAUUUUUUAACAAAUACAGUUAGUUUAUUGCAAGGACAGAGGCAAAUUGUUGGGUCAUGCGUCGAUCGGUAUAUAGAUAUUUGUAGAGUAUAAUAUAGGUAUGAACAAGUAAAUGGUGCAUUAAAAAUAUAAUGGUUUAGUUAAGGUUUUUUAAGUACUUAUUUUAGUUUUAACUUCUGAGAAAGGAGGUUUUUCGAAAUCCACCUAUACAGAAGGAAUGAUAAGAAAUAGUUAUAAAAAAGUGCACAGAGGCGUAAAAAUAUUUGCUCAUGUGCUGAAGUCAGCGAGCAUAAAUUGAUGCGUGAAUUUUUCCCGUCUUUGUCACAACGUAUAGGGUAGGUGAUGAUUUUGUAUUUUGGAUAUUAUGGUUUGUAUGCUAUAAUGAAAUCCGCAAAGCCGAUUGAGCUUUUCUUAGUUGGUCCAGGUCUGGCUAGUGGGAGGCUUCGGCCGUGGUUAGUUACCACCCUACCGGAAAACAAGAACCGGCAAGCGAUUUAGCGUUCCAGUACUUGUAGAAACCGAAAGGGGUGUGGACUUGUAUCCUUCUCCAAACAAGUUAGCCCGCUUCCAUCAUCACUUAACGUUAGAUUUCAUCAUCACUUAACGUCAGGUGAGAUUGUCAAGGACUAUCUUGUAAAGAAUGAAAAAAAGAGUGAGAUAACCUACUAUCAGAUACAGUAUAUGGUAUAACUCAAAAUCGGUUUAGUAGAUCCAGAGAUUAUCACAUCACAAACUUUAUAAAAUUAGUAUAGAUUACCACGUACUUAGACUACCUUAAACCAUUCUAUUAUGUUAUUUAGUAGAUAGAUUACUACCAUAAAUAUGUCCAAAGGUAAUUAAUAUUCGAUCAUUAUGGAUUUACAUAAAUUUAAUGAUAAUUUACUUAUUAAGAUUUUCGUCAGAUGAAAAUAAAUAAAUUCUAAAACUUAA